AUGGAUUAAAAUUUUGAUGGGAUUUUAUCAUAAUUUUACCAAAAUAAUACAAUAUUGUUGCUAUAAGGGUCACCUGAAAUUAUAAAUAGCUAUUUAAUAUAAAACUUAUCUAUUUAUUCUAACCAAACUAUUCGCUAAUAAUAUAUUUAAUUCAAACUUUCAGAUAAGCUAGAUUAUGAUUGGCAAUCCUAAUUUACUUAUGAUUAAGUAUAAUUUAUAUGGUAUAAAAAAAAUAUUACAAAUAUAAAAACGAUUCAAGACCUUUAUUCACAAAAGUAUCCGAAUGGCCUUUAAGUUGAAACAGAGUUCUAGUUAUCAAUUAAUAUUAACGAUAUUUACUCAUUUCAUCCCACUUUGACUCUCAAAAUAUAAGCAUAUUUUGAUGAAAAUCAAAAAGAAGAGCUUCCUUAGAAUUGCAUAAACUCUUGGAUUUGCUUUGAUGGAUAGAUUUUGUCUGGUUUUGCUUCUUUAAAUUAGUAUGAUGAUUAAUAUAAAAUUUACUUUUUAGUAACAGAUGGCUAUGAAUUACAUGACGAAAUUUUAUUGUUAGAUUUUAGCAUUUACUCAACAAAAUAAAUUUUGAAAAUAAGUGCCAUAAUAAGCGGAAUAUUAUUUAUAAUCUUAAUGUGUUAUAUUUUCAGAUAAAACAUCCAGCGAAUAUUUUUCUAUAAUUACUAUCUUCAUUAGACUGAAUAUGUACACAAUAGUGAGGAUGGUAAAAUUUAUAAAAAGCUAUUCCUAAGAUAGUUUAAUUGGAAAAUGGCUCAUAAAAUCUUUGUUCUUUUAAAAGAGAGCUUCAGAGAAAAUGAACUAGCUAAAAUUGUUGAUUUUGAUGGUGCAGAUGAUGAUAAUUAGGAUAAAUUUUCAACAUUUUACUUAAACUAUAUUAAUUAAAUUGGAGAUUUAAAUGAAGAAGAAUUCAUUACUGAUUGCAUUUCUAUUAUAUAAAAAAAUUAGAAUCUGUUUCAUAACCUUCAAUUAGAAAGCCUCAAAAAGAAUAAUUCAGAAUUAAGAGAAGCUCUCAUUUCCAUAUUUUUUAAGUAUGCACUUUACACAGACUAGAAUUCUUUUUAUGUCUACACGUAAAUAAAAAAUCAUUUUAUGAUAAAAUCCAGGGGUAUUAAUUGGUAUAAGAAUUUGGUCAAUGAAAAAAAGAUAUUAUUUUAAUAAAAUAAUCAAUAAAAAUUAUAAAAUUACGAAGAGUCUUCAUCUAACACAAAGGGAGAUAACACUUAAAAAUCAUCAGAAGAUACCCAAUAGUCUAGGAUUUCAUAUUAAGAUUUACAAAUAAACAACGAAGAGUUAAAAAAAUGUUUAUCUGAACUAAAGCAAUAAGAAAAGCAUAAAUUCGGACUAGAUUAUGACAUUAAAAUAAUAUAAAAUGCUAUUAAAUCAGAUUAUUUUGGAUUUGAUUACAUAUUUGAUCUAAAGACUUAUAGGUAAUGUUUCGGAGAAUCACUUCACAUCAAUAAUUAGUAAAUAGGAGAAAUACUUUGCUAUAAAAAAGAAUUAAAGAACAUCCUAGAUAAUGAUUUUAAAUUAAAUUAUUAAAAAUCAAAUAAAUUGAGUUAGAUUUUUGAUAAUUUAAACUUGGGGUAUAAAAGAUAUCCAAUAGUUUUAAGUAAAAUAGAAGAUUAAAAGGAAGUUAGUGAAAUUAGCUAUGAUAUCGAGCUAGAUAGCAUCACUUUUAAAAUAGAUUUGGAAAACCUUAGUCAAGGAUAAUAUAAAAUUUAAUUAUUCAAUACACAGAAGUAUCUUAUAUUCCAAUUUUCCUUUUUGAUUUUAUUUAAAUGCUAAAUAUCUGAUUAUAAAAAAAAAAUAAAGAUGUUCACUUUUAGCUCAUCACAAAACAUCUUUUAAUAAUAAAACUAAAGAAAAAAUAUAAAAAAUCUUACUCUACCAAAAAAGACCACAAAUUCAAAAGGAUCACACAAAUUUGGUUUUUAAAAAGGGAUUAAUUUAAGUCUCUAAUCCAUAAUAAAACGUCCAAACAACCUAAGAAGGAAGGAGAAAAAUUCCACUUUAAAAUUUGAGGAUGAUUCAUUCAAUAAUAAUAAUGAUUAUGAAAACGUAGAUUUUUGA